CAUUGAUCCCCGGAUCAUAGCUUGUUCUCCAAUCAUCCAUCAUCCACAGGAUAUCUUAUUGAGAUCCUACCAAAAGCCAAGCCAAGUCAAAACGACUCCCAAAUCCAAAAUGAAGUUUAUCCUUCCCGCCGUUCUCUUCCUCGCCUCUGCCGUGGCCGCGCAGAACACUGUCCUCGACUACAGCGAUGGUAUCCCGCUUUGCUGCACCACCCACGACUACGUCUCCGAGGCUGACGACGAGGUCAUCCAGCAGGUGACCAGCGCCUUCGAGAGUGACGGCGGUGGUGCCUGGGAUCUGGGCGAGGCUAUUGCGGGUGAAUGCCAGACUGCUUUCCCCACUGGCUUCGCUGGCGGCAACCGCACUGACUGCCCCGAGGAUCUGACUGCCAUCUGGUGCAAGAAGCACGCUCCCUGGACCUUGACUAUCAACGGUACCUCAACCCCCCGUGAUGCCCACGGCCAGUGCCACUACUAGAUGGACUAUACAAUUUGUCAACGACGAGUGACGGAAUGUGGAAUGUGCUGAACGACGAAAUGUUGAUUGUUGGAGAGAGUCUAAUGAGGUUCAAUGAGGAAAUGAUGCAUCGUGGUACGAAUAGAUAGAUAGACGAAAUGAAAAGGCUUCAUCGCAUAUCUCCGUCAUGGAGCAUUGUCGAUCUCGAG